UGGCCGAAGCCUGCCGGGACACCCGGUCUGCCUCUACCUCCCCAGACGCCUCUGGGCCUCGGCCCCCCCAGCGCUCGAUUGCCAGCUCUUGAGCGCCUCUCACCAUGGCGUUUUCAUCACGAUUUGCCUUUUGGGAGCAGAAGGUUAAGGAUGAAGACAAAGUUUUAACCGUCAAAAAAAAUGGGAACGAGGAAGGUCCCUCAGAACCCCCGAUCGCAGAGAAGGAAGCGCCCCAGCACCGUCUCCAGAGCCCAGAGCCCCCCAAGCGUUCCGGCAAGGGGAAGAGCCCAGACCCACUGAUCAACGGGGAGGCCCAGCCUUCCAGCCAAGCUGUGAAUGGCCUGGAAGGGCCCCACGCAGAGACUCAGCCCGGGACCCCCGGCGAGGACGCCCACGGCCUCUCCCGAACCAAAGUGGCCAAGGCCAUGCGCAGCCUGGUGCACAAAGUGCUUCCUGGGGAGGAGGCUGAAGCCGCCAAGGAGCCCCCCAAGGCCCCCAAGGGCCCCGAGCCGAGCAAAAAGAAGGAAAAGGCUGCCCCCAGGGUCCUCUCCCCGCCCGCCCGAAUCCUGUCUCCCCCUCCUCGGCCCUCUACGCCCCUGAAGCCCCAGCCCAAGGAGAGCCCCGCUCUCAAGGAUGACCUCUCCGUCGGGCUGAAAAGUCUCAUGUCCCGGGCCAAGACCAGGGAACACCGGCCCCACUCCAGGCAGCGUGGGAAGAAAGAGGAGGCGCCGCCCCCCGAGAAGACUGAGAAGCCCCCACCCCUUCCGGAAGAGAAGCCCUCAGGGGCACAAAGCCCCCAAGAGGCCAAGCAACCCUCCGAAGACCUGGCAAAGCUGCCCAGUCAGGAAGCUGGUCCUGCCAGCCAGGCGUCUCCAUCAAAGGAGACGUCCCAACCAGCCAAGCCGGAAGAGAAGCCGCCAUCUUCCCUGACCCCUGGAGACGUGCCUCAGCAGCCGGAGCCUGUGACCGCCGUGGCUGCCCCCGGCCAGGCCAAGACGGAGGAGCAAAUUGCCGCCGAAGAGGCCUGGUACGAGACGGAGAAGGUGUGGCUGGUUCACAAAGAUGGCUUCUCCUUGGCGAGCCAGCUGAAGAGUGACACUGCCAGCCUCUUACCGGAGGGAAAAGUGAAAGUGAAACUGGACUAUGAUGGGGCCGUUCUGGAAGUGGAGGAAGAUGACAUUGAAAAGGCCAAUCCUCCGUCCUGCGACCGGUUGGAGGAGCUGGCCAACCUGGUCUACCUCAACGAGUCCAGUGCCCUUCACACCCUCCGCCAGCGCUAUGGUGGCAACCUCAUUCACACCUACGCCGGGCCCAACCUGGUCGUCAUUAACCCUCUCAGCUCUCCAUCCAUGUACUCGGAGAAGGUGAUGCACAUGUUCAAGGGGUGCCGGAAGGAGGACACCUCCCCGCACAUUUACGCCAUGGCCCAGGCGGCCUAUCGGGCCAUGCUGAUGAGCCGCCAAGACCAGUCCAUCGUCUUCCUGGGCAGCAGCGGCAGCGGGAAGAGCACCAACUGCCAGCACCUGGUCCAGUACCUGGCCACCAUCGCCGGCAGCUCCGGGAAGGUCUUCUCAGUGGAGAAGUGGCAGGCCCUUUACACCAUCCUGGAAGCCUUCGGAAACAGCAGCACCAGCCUGAACAGCAAUGCCACCCGAUUCUCCCAAAUUAUCUCCCUGGACUUCGACCAGGCCGGCCAGGUGGCAUCGGCUUCCGUCCAGACUAUGUUGCUGGAGAAACUCAGAGUGGCCAAACGCCCCUCCAACGAGGCGACCUUCAACGUCUUCUACUAUCUCCUGGCCUGCCCGGACAACGCCUUACGGACGGAGCUUCACUUCAACCACCUGGCUGAGAACAACGUCUUCGGCAUCGUGCCUCUGUCCAAGCCGGAGGAGAAGCAGAAAGCAGCUCAGCAGUUCAGCAAGCUGCAGGCGGCCAUGAAGGUGAUGGGCAUCUCCGGCGAGGAGCAGAAGGCCUUCUGGCUCGUCCUGGGCGCCAUUUGCCACCUGGGGGCGGCUGGAGCCACCAAAGCCGGGAGGAAGCAGUUUGCCCGCCACGAGUGGGCCCAGAAAGCCGCCUACCUCCUGGGCUGCAACCUGGAGGAGCUCUCCUCGGCCAUCUUCAAGCAGCAGCCCAAGGGCUCCCUGCCGAGGUCCACCUCCUUCCGCCAGGGGCCCGAGGAGGCGGGGCUGGCCGACGGCUCAGGUCCCAAAACCUCUGCCUUGGAGUGCUUGGAAGCCCUGACCUCCGGCUUGUACUCGGAGCUGUUCACUCUCCUCAUCUGCCUACUCAACAGGGCUCUGAAGUCCAACCAGCGUUCCUUGUGCUCCAUGAUGAUCGUGGACACGCCCGGCCUACAGAACCCCGAGAUGGCCGGACAGAGCCGGGGGGCCACGUUUGAGGAGCUGUGCCACAACUACGCCCAGGAGAGGCUGCAGGGGCUCUUUCACGAACGCACCUUCGUGCAGGAGCUGGAGCGAUACAAGGAGGAGAACGUAGACCUCUCCUUAGACGCCUUGGAGCCCAGUGUCUCGGGCUCCGUGGCCACAAUGGACGAAGCGUCCCAUCAGGCACUGGUUCGCACCCUGGCCCGGACCGACGAAGCCCGUGGCCUGCUGUGGCUGUUGGAGGAGGAGUCCUUCCAGCCUGGGGGCAGCGAGGAGGGUCUUCUCGAGCGGCUCUUCACCCACUACGGCCCACAGGACGGAGACAAAAAAGCCUCCAACCCGCUUCUCCGGAGCAAUAAAGCUCGGCAUUUCUUCCUGGGACACAGCUACGGCACCAACUGGGUGGAGUACGACACCAGCGGCUGGCUGAGCUACGUCCGGCAAAAUCCUGCCUCUCAGAACAGUUUGGUCCUCCUCCAGGAAUCCCAAAAGAAAAUCAUCAGCAGCCUCUUUGCAGGCCGAGCGGGGGCCACCACGGUGCUCUCGGGCUCCAUCGCGGGCCUGGAGGGGGGCUCCCAGCUGGCCCUGCGCAGAGCCACCAGCAUGCGCAAGACCUUCACCACGGGGGUGGCUGCGGUGAAGAAGAAGUCCGUGUGCAUCCAGGUCAAGCUGCAGGUGGAUGCCCUGAUCGACACCCUCAAGAAGUCCAAGCUGCAUUUCGUCCACUGCUUCCUGCCCAAGGCCAACGGCUGGCGAGGCGAUGCCAAGGGCCCUUAUGCCCAGCGGAUGAGCAGCAGCGAGCUGGAUUUGCACGGGGAACACUGCGAGGCCGGCCUGAUGCAGCUGGAGGUGCCCCUGCUGAGAGCCCAGAUCCGGGGAUCCCGUCUGCUCGAUGCUCUCCGCAUGUACCGCCAAGGCUACCCUGACCACAUGGCCUUCGCCGAGUUCCGCCGGCGCUUCGACGUCCUGGCUCCUCACCUGACCAAGAAGCACGGGCGCCAUUAUAUCGUCACGGAUGAGAAGAGGGCUGCGGAAGAGCUGCUGCAGUCCCUGGAAUUGGAGCAAAGUUGCUACCAGAUGGGCUUGAGCCGGGUGUUCUUUCGGGCAGGGACCUUGGCUAAGCUGGAGGAGCAGCGGGAUAAGCAGCUGUGCCGAAGCAUCACCCUGUUUCAGGCCGCCUGCCGGGGCUUCCUUGCACGCCAGCACUUCAAGAAGAGGAAGAUCCAGGACCUGGCAAUCCGCUGUGUUCAGAAGAACAUCAAGAAGAACAAGGGAGUGAAGGGCUGGCCUUGGUGGAAACUCUUCACCACCGUCCGGCCUCUCAUUGAAGUCCAGCUCACGGAGGACCAGAUCCGGGCCAAAGAUGAAGAAAUCCAGCAGCUGAAGGUCCGCUUGGAGAAGGUGGAGAAAGAGCGGAACGAACUGCGGCUGAGCGGCGACCGCUUGGAGAGCAAGGUCGCGGAGCUGACGUCGGAGCUGACGGACGAGAGAAACACGGGAGAAUCAGCUUCCCAGCUUCUGGACGCAGAGACGGCCGAGCGCCUCCGGGCGGAGAAGGAAAUGAAGGACCUGCAGGCCAAGUACGAUGCCCUCAAGAAACAGAUGGACUCCAUGGAGAUGGAGGUGAUGGAGGCUCGCCUGAUGCGGGCAGCCGAGCUCAACGGGGAGAUGGACGAUGACGAUACAGGUGGGGAAUGGCGCCUGAAGUACGAGCGGGCAGCGCGGGAGAUCGACUUCACCAAAAAGCGGCUGCAUCAGGAGUUUGAAGACAAACUGGAGGUGGAGCAGCAGAGCAAGCGGCAACUGGAGAGACGGCUGACCGACUUGCAGGCAGACAGCGAGGAGACCCAGCGGGCACUGCAGACCCUCAAGAAGAAAUGCCAGCGGCUGACGGCUGAGCUGCAGGACACCAAGCUCCACCUGGAAGGACAGCAGGGCCGCAACCACGAGCUGGAGAAGAAGCAGCGCCGGUUUGACGGCGAGCUUUCCCAGGCCCACGAAGAGGCGCAGCGUGAGAAACUCGGGCGGGAGAAACUGGGACGGGAGAAGGACAUGCUGAUCGCGGAGGUCUUCAGCCUCAAGCAGCAGAUGGAGGAGAAGGAGGCCCAGAUCGCGACCUCCACGCAGAAGGUCCAGGGCCUGGAGGCGGAGCUGCAAGACCUCUCCUGCCAGGAGUCCAAAGACGAGGCCUCCUUGGCCAAAGUCCGCAAGCAGCUGCGGGACCUGGAGGCCAAAGCCAAAGACCAGGAGGAGGAGCUGGACGAGCAGGCGGGCACCAUCCAGAUGCUGGAGCAGGCCAAACUCCGCCUGGAGAUGGAGAUGGAGAGAUUGCGACAGACGCACUCCAAGGAAGUGGAGAGCCGCGAUGAGGAAGUGGAGGAGAUCCGUCAGUCGUGCCAGAAGAAGCUGAAGCAGAUGGAGCUGCAGCUGGAGGAGGCCUACGAGGAGAGGCAGAAGGUCCUGCGGGAGAAGAGGGAGCUGGAGAACAAGCUGGUGGCCGCCAGCGAUCAGGUCAGCCAGCGGGAUGUCGAGGCGGAGAAGCGGCUGCGGAAGGACCUCAAGCGCACCAAGGCCCUCCUGGCCGACGCGCAGGUCAUGCUGGACCACCUGAAGAACAACGCGCCCAGCAAGCGGGAGAUCGCCCAGCUGAAGAACCAGCUGGAAGAGUCGGAGUUCACCUGCUCGGCCGCCGUCAAAGCCCGGAAAUCCAUGGAGGUGGAGAUUGAAGAUUUGCAUCUCCAGAUCGAGGAUUUCUCCAAAGCCAAAGGAGCGCUGGAAGAGCAGGUGAGCCGUUUGCAGCGGGAGAAGAACGAGGUGCAGAGCCGGCUGGAGGAAGAUCAGGAGGACCUGAACGAGCUCAUGAAGAAGCACAAGGCGGCCGUGGCACAGGCUUCGCGGGACCUGGGCCAGAUCAACGACCUCCAAUCGCAGCUGGAAGACGCCCAGAAGGAGAAGCAGGAGCUGCAGGAGAAGCUGCAAGGCCUCCAGAGCCAGCUGGAAUUCCUGGAGCAGACCAUGGUGGACAAGUCCUUGGUCAGCCGGCAGGAGGCCAAGAUCCGCGAACUGGAGACCCGGCUGGAAUUCGAGAGGACCCAAGUGAAGCGCCUGGAGAGCCUGGCCACUCGGUUGAAAGAGAACAUGGAGAAGCUGACGGAAGAGCGUGACCAGCGGACGGCGGCCGAGAACCGGGAGAAGGAGCAGAACAAGCGACUUCAGCGUCAGCUCCGGGACACCAAAGAGGAGAUGGCCGAGCUGGCCAAAAAGGAGGCCGAAGCCAGCCGGAAGAAGCACGAACUGGAGAUGGACCUGGAGAGCUUGGAAGCUGCCAACCAGAGCUUGCAGGCGGACCUGAAGCUGGCCUUCAAGCGGAUCGGGGACCUGCAGGCCGCCAUUGAGGACGAGAUGGACAGUGAGGACAACGAGGACCUCAUCAACAGUUUGCAGGACGUGGUGUCCAAGUACCAGAAACGCAAGAAUAAGCUCGAGGGAGACUCGGAUGCCGAUUCGGAGCUGGAAGACCGCGUGGACGGAGUGAAGUCGUGGCUGUCGAAAAACAAAGGCUCUUCCAAGUCGGUCUCCGAGGACGGCAGUUUGAAGAGUAGCAGACCUGCCGUGGACGCAGCUGGUAAGGAGGUUAAGAAUGGGGAGGACAGGCCGGCGUCCGUCAUGAGCUCACUGAGCUAUCGCAAGCGCGCCAACCUCAAGGACUCCAUUGGAGGGAAAGGGGAUGAGGAGAGCCUCUUCUCCGCCCUGAGCGAGCGCCCGGAGUCACCGGACCGCUCCUUCCGCAAGGCCGCUCGUGCUUCGGUGUCCGGCGGCUCAGAGAAUAGCUCCCUUGCCUCCUGGAAGAAGCCGCUCGGCGGAGGUCUGGAUGAGCUCAGCGAGAGGGGCUCGGUCCUCUCUGAGGCCAGCAGCCGACUCCCGAAGGGGCUGGAGAAGCGCUGGUCCACCUCGGCUGCCGAAUUCGAUCGGACGUCGGUCCUCUCGGCCACAGUCAGCCAGAGUGGAGCCUCCUGGGCUGGCCUGGAAGAUGACACCCGCUCAUCACUCAGCUUGGCCCUCUCGAGCCCCGGAAGCUCGCGACGCAGCGCUUCUCACUUGGAUGACCUUAUCCCGUCCUACGGCCGCCCGGGCUCACGGAUGUCUUUGAGUCGUUCCCAGCUGGAUGACACGGCCAGCCUGGCCCCAAGCGACUCGCGCUCCCUCUGCAGCCAACACUCUGCCGCACGCAGCCUCUCGGUGCCUCCUCGGCGGACGUCCAUCUCAGAUGAUCUACGGGUAGAUGAAGCGGACAUCAGGCCGGUCGGCCAUCGGAGCUACCUGGACCCGGAUCUGGAGGCAGCGAUCAGUGAGGUGCUAAACUACAAGCCUGUCAAAUUCAAGCGCUCCAGCCAUGAUCCCGACUCGGAUGAAGAGGACCGCAGGAGUGUCCGCAGUGCCAGGAGCACCACUCUGCUGGAGACCACCGAACACCCGGCCAGCAGCCUCCGUCGGUCGGCCUCAGCCUUGGACUUCUACAGGCCUGAUCAGAAAACGAAAGGUAGGAGAAGCCGGAGGCGGAGUUCCUCCAGUGACUCCUCCUCUUCCUCCUCUUCCUCCUCUUCCUCUCCCGAACGGCAGAGAAAGACCUCCAAAAAGCGGGCCAAGAAGUCCAAGAAGAAAUCCAAGAAGAAGAAGCAGCAGAGGUCCCACUCCGGCUCUUCUUCAGAGUCUUCAUCCAGUUCCACCGUCUCGUAUCGUAGCGACUCCAGCAUCAAGAAGGGCCCGAAGCGUUCAGACGGGGAGAGCGGGGGUGUCCCUAGGGACGGGGGUCCCGAAACUGGAAAGUCCACCAAAGAGCUGAAGAAGGAAGAGAAGAAACGGAAAAAGCAAGUGGACAGCCUGAUGAUGAAGUACUUGUAUCGGCCGGAGAGCGACUAAAGGCAGGUGGUAGCAUGGAGUGUGCCGAGUUUCAGCAUGGUGUUCCUGACUAACCUGGGCAGAGGACGGGUGGGAAGGGAGCUUUGGACUGCCGUUCCAGGUGUUCCAGCGGUUUUCUGCAUGGGGGGGUUGACUCUGGAAGCUUGGAACCCUUAUGGUUUGGGGACUGACCUCCAGCAUGGAAUGUGUAUCUCCAGGAACUAACCGUGUCCUCGUGGGUUGCGACUUUGCCCUCCCGUACCCGUCUGUCCGUCUUCGUGUCAGAAGCUGCCCACUCAGCUAUUUCUGUGUCGCAAGGAUUGGCCGGUGACAACACCGUUCCCAAUUAUUUCGGUGUGGUUUGAGGAGGACGGUGGCGAUCGUUGUUGUGCAGCGGAGAAGAUCUCCACUGUCCUCUGUAUUUUUGGUGGUGGAGGUGUGUGUAGGCCGAUGGACCCCUUGCCGCCUACAGGGAAGGGUGGCAGCUUCCAAAAUCCGUGGUGUUUCCACUGUUUGCAUCUUCCUGGGAAGAACACGCUUGUCUCCGGCCGUAGGACCAGUUCCAGAAGAAGAGACAACCCUGAGGAACUGCUACCUUCUCAGAAGCCUUCAAGAAUUGACUGUAUUUAUUCCGUAGGCCACGUUUUGUCAACCUUGACCACUUGAAGAGGGGUGGACUUCCACUCCCAGA